AUGGAAGACGGCAACGCACUUGCCGCGGAUUGCAUCGUCAUAUCAAGCUGUUGCCAGUGCUUGAUCCUUCAAAUCAUCGUCUUCGUCUUGCUCAAAAUUCCUUACAAGUUGAUCCGAAAGACGAGGGACUUCGCGAAGAAGAAGCUUCAACGGAGGAAGAGAAGAGGGAAGAUGGUGAUCAAUAUGAAAAGUGACUGUGGGUGUUGUAUGAAGGAAGUUGAGAAGGUAAUGGAAGAGCUGUCUCAGAAGGGAGAAUUUUCUUUUGGAAGUUUUUGGUGCAAGGAAGAAGAAUCAGCUGAAAUUUUCCCAGCAUCAUGUGUUCAAAAGCAUGAAUCAGAUGAUGGUUUUGUACGUUAUCAAUUAAUAAAGAUGGUUGGCUCUAUUAGUUGUUCAUAG